AUGUUUUGCAGGACUGCUUUUGGUUUUGCGGCCCUCGCUGCAGCCAGUGCUUCCAUUGCUGCAGACGGUUAUGCCAAGGCCCUUGAGAUCAGAUGGGGCGGCGCUCCCAUAUCUGACACGGACUUUGACAACCUCAAGUUUUACUCGCAGCACUCAGCUGCCGCAUACUGCAACAUUCGUGUCCCCAACGGCCAUGUAAUCACAUGCGGAAACAUGGCCUGUCCCCUUGUUGCGCGUAACAGGCCUACAGUAGUAGCAACUGUGGUUGGCGCUCUUACUGGAGUCGGUGCCUAUGUAGCCAUUGACUAUGUCCGUAUGGAAAUCGUCGUGUCCAUCCGCGGCAGCAAUAACAUCCGCAACUACAUCACCGACCUGGUCUUCCCCUGGAGCGAUUGCCCCUUUACGUCGCAAUGCAAGCUUCACAUCGGCUUCGCACAGGGCUGGAACGAGAUCAAGGCGUCCGUCGGCAGGGCUAUAGCCGUCUCCCGGAGAGGGAACCCGAGGUUCACCGUUGUGUUUACCGGGCACUCCCUUGGAGGAGCCGUGGCGACCAUUGGCGCAGCCUACCUCCGCAGCGGUGGUCUGCCGGUGAACCUGUAUACAUACGGAGCGCCCCGUGUCGGCAACGAGCGGUUCGCAAGCUGGUUCUCCAACGGUAUACAGGGCCGCCAGUGGCGCGUCACGCACGAAGAUGAUCCUGUCCCCCGUCUUCCCCCCAUCCUUGCCGGCUACCGCCACAUUAGCCCGGAGUACUGGCUUACUGGAGGAAAUGGCGGAAACACGUACAAGACGGACUAUACCGUCUCCGACGUCAGGGUCUGCGAGGGCGCUGCCAGCAUUGGGUGUAACGCGGGCCGCGAUGUCACCGACAUGUACGCGCAUCUGUACUACUUUGGCAGCACGGCUUCGUGCGGCAGUUUACCGUUGCAGCUAAGGGAUGUGGACGGACAAGACGGUCCCCUGCCCGAGGACAUUAGCCGUCGACUUGCUGCUUGGAGUCGUAGGGACCAGGAGAGUGUGAAGAAUGAGGGUAUCUAG